UUGGUGCUGAGGGACACUGGCACGUGUGCACUCAUGGCUUCUAGCAAGGCAGUGAUUGUUCCCGGGAACGGAGGCGGGGAUGUGGCCACCCACGGCUGGUACGGCUGGGUGAAGAAGGAGCUGGAGCAGAUACCUGGUUUCCAGUGUUUGGCUAAAAACAUGCCUGACCCAAUUACAGCUCGAGAGAGUAUCUGGCUGCCCUUCAUGGAGACGGAGCUGCACUGUGAUGAGAAGACCAUCAUCAUAGGCCACAGUUCCGGGGCCAUCGCAGCCAUGAGGUAUGCAGAAACACAUCGAGUAUAUGCUAUUGUAUUAGUGUCUGCAUACACAUCAGACUUGGGGGAUGAAAAUGAGCGUGCAAGUGGAUACUUCAACCGCCCCUGGCAGUGGGAGAAGAUCAAAGCCAACUGCUCUCACAUUGUGCAGUUUGGCUCCACUGACGAUCCUUUCCUUCCCUGGAAGGAGCAACAAGAAGUGGCUGAUAGGUUGGAAGCCAAAUUGUACAGAUUCACUGACCGUGGCCACUUUCAGAACACAGAGUUUCAUGAACUGAUUAGUGUGGUAAAGGCUCUGCUGAAAGUACCAGCAUAGUCAGGAGGAUUUCUGCUAUUUUACAUCCCAAUGUAGGGGUAGAGCAACAAAAUCUAUUAUCAUAUCAUUACUGGGCACAUAAGCAGGUCAAGUUAAGUUCCAUCUCCCACCCCCCUUCCCUUGGUGAGCACUGAACUGUUCUCUUUGUCCAUGUGUUUGUUCAUAUUCCACAUAUGAG